CAUGGAUCCAGAUAUGGCGUGAAAGGGCAGAUGAUGAGUUACGUUGAGGUUUUCCACAGCUCAGGAGAGGUUUUACAUUCCUAUAAGGAGCCAAGAUCAACCCAUCCAUCACUUAAUUGUCGAACCCAUAUACAUGCAUGGCGCUCCCACCAUGGCCUACGUUCCUCACCGUCGUGCUCAUCACCGUGCUCUUCCUCCAAACCAUGGCUUCCCGCAGGCGCCGCCGCGCCUACAACCUCCCGCCGGGCCCCAAGCCGUGGCCGAUUAUCGGCAACCUCAACCUCUUGGGUGAGCUGCCGCACCGCUCCAUCCACGAGCUCUCCAAGCUGCACGGCCCUCUCAUGCACCUCCGGUUCGGGUCGAUGCCCGUCGUCGUCGGCUCGUCCGCCGAGAUGGCCAGGUUAUUCCUCAAGACCAACGACGCGGCGUUCUCCGGCCGCCCGACGCUCUCGAUCGGCAGGUACACCGCGUACGACUCCUCCGACAUCAUGUGGUCCCAGUACGGGGCGUACCUGCGCCAGGCGCGCAGAAUCUGCGCCACGGAGCUCUUCAGCGCCAGGCGGCUCGACUCGUUCGAGCACAUCCGCGACGAGGAGGCGCGCGGGAUGCUCCGCGGCCUGCGAGAGGCGUCGUCGGCCGGGCGCGUCGUGCGGCUCCGUAGCCACCUGCAGAUGAUGACGCUCGGCGUGAUCUCGCGCAUGGUGCUCGGCAAGAAGUACAUCCAGGGGGAGGCGGCGGCCGCCGAAUUCAGGGAGAUAGUGGACGAGUUGUUCGCGCUGAAUGGCGUUUUUAACAUUGGCGAUUUCGUACCUUGCCUGGACUGGCUGGACCUGCAGGGGUACGUCGGGAGGAUGAAGAGGGCGAGCAAGAUGUUCGACCAGUUCCUGAACCAUAUCCUGGACGAGCACGACCAGCGGCGACGGCUCGAGGGAGGGGGGUUCGUGGCAAGAGACAUGGUGGACGUGCUGCUGCAGCUGGCCGACGACCCUAGCCUUGAGGUCCAGCUCAGCAGGAACAAUGUUAAGGCCCUCACACAGGACAUGAUCCUUGCGGGCUCAGAUACUUCCACUAUGACCAUCGAGUGGGCAAUCUCGGAGCUCCUCAAGAACCCAGAGGCACUAGCCAAGGCCACCGAGGAGCUGGACCGCGUCGUCGGCCGCGAACGCCUGGUCACGGAGCGAGACUUCCCCCAGCUCCCCUACAUGGAGGCUGUCCUCAAGGAGACCUUGCGCUUGCACCCGGCGGCGCCGCUGCUGGCGCCCCACCUUGCCCGCGAGGACACCUCCGUGGACGGCUACGACAUCCCCGCCGGCACGACCGUGUUCGUCAACGUCUGGUCUAUCGGCCGUGACCCCGCGCUGUGGGAGGCGCCGGAGGAGUUCCGUCCGGCACGGUUCAUUGGGAGUGAGGUCGACGUGAAGGGACAGGACUUCGAGUUGCUGCCGUUCGGGUCCGGCCGGCGGAUGUGCCCUGGGUACAGCCUGGGGCUGAAGAUGACCCUGCUGGGCAUCGCCAACCUUGUACACUGCUUUACGUGGAGGCUCCCGAGUGGCAUGACGGUGGAGCAGCUGAGCAUGGAGGAGACCUUCCUACUCGCGAUGCCACGUAAGGUCCCGCUCGAGGCUGUCAUCGAGCCCAAGCAAAUGGAAAGGUUUGGAUACAAGACUACAAGUGACUAGUAUCCGCAAAGUAUAUGUAUAUAUGCAUGUGUUGUUGGCGUGCGGUGCAUGUGUGUGUAGUGCUUGCUGCUCUAUAUAUUGGUUGGUGUUUCUGUAAAGCCUUUAUUUACUAGGUAGACAGUAUGUUCUAUAUAUAUGUAGAGAGAUGAAUGACAGAAUGAGACAAUGAGUAUAUAUGUACACACAUAAUUUGUAGCUCAUAUCUGCAUAUAAAUAGUUGAGCCA